GUGUCUGUUUACCUUCCCAUCAUGCAAUGCGGUUGUGAAAUAUAUUAUCGCUCGAGGCUUGACGUAAUCAUUUGUAAAAUGGCUGGACUUGAUGCAGGACCUUCCCUGGGAGCUGCGAUAAACACGUUGUUUACAGUCGAACCGAAGCUUCUGGAGGAUAAUCCUGAGGUUUUGCUUUGCUGCCUGGACACGUGCAGAGUCCCGCUGCGGUUUUCGGGCGUUUCGUGUCUGGAAAUAGUCACGAGACGCUGCCACAUUGCGGUACCGGGCGAUCCACCGAACGUCCGGCGGUUGUGCCUGAUGCCUGACCGGAACGCUGACACGAUGUUUGCCGGUGUGCCUUCCCCGGUAAAACUACGCAUCAAAUCGAGUUCAACCAUCAAAUUCAACUUAUCUCGAGAUGCCAACAAGGAGGAGGCACAAGGGACACUACUCUGGGAGUUUGAGAUGCUGCCAACAAACAGGACAGCUUUGAAGCUUCCACUUAUCACAGCAGACAUCCCAGACCUACCAGAUGAUGUGGACCUUCAACCUGUCGACCCCAGUCUGCUGCAUCCGGACCUGUGUAAUUGCCAGAAAUCUACACAGUCACCUACCGUCAUUGUUGACAUGGAGCCAGACAUGCAGUCCGACCCUCUUUCAGGUGCAUUGCAGGACAUUCAAUUGUCUGAGGAAGAAUCUGAUGGCUCAGAUGAAAACGAAGACUCUGGCGGAGACACGGACACUGAGGAACAGGACGGUCAAACUCAAAGUGGACAGAUAUUUCGUGUUGCAGGGUGUACAUGGCAGACGUAUUACCAAGACGCACUAGAUGCAUGUUCUACUUUGCGACAGGAGGGUAAAGAAGUAGAAACCCGUGCAGUGUUUGAGACGGACAAUUUACAUGACAAAAAUGCUAUUAAGUUUGAAGUUUUUGUUAAUGACUCCUGGCAGAUAGUGGGCCACUGUCCAGGUCCUAAAAUUCCCAAGCUGACCAGGGCGAUGAAGAAGGGCGAUGUGACUGAUAUUACCUUGCACAGAUUAAGACUUGAGUAUUGCCCUCCUGCUCAGAAGAACCUGUACAAAGCUUAUGUGAAGAUCGUAAAGAAAGGUAGCUGGGAGAAGGAUAGUGUAAACUAUAAGUACAAUUCAGUUAUUUCAACAUAGAAACCAGGCUUUUAGCCAGGCAGGCGUACACUUACUUGGAAACUAUAUUCAAAUUCCUUUGUAUUCUCUAUGUCUUAUCAAAUUUGUUUGACUAGAAGUACCAGUUACCAGAGCAUUUUGUCUCCAUAUUUUUUGUGCCAAUUAUCAAGAUGGCAAGACCCUGCUCACCAAGACAUGAAAUGUUUGAAUCAAAACAAUGCAAC